AUGAAGGCCAUCAAAAGCACCCGUCGCCUUGCGCAGAAGUUCAAGUCGCUCACCGGCCUUGUUCCUGUCACCAACAACUCGACUCGCUGGAAUAGCUACUAUCGCAUGUUUGAGCGUGCGCUUGCAUGCCAUGAGACUCUAUCAGAGUGGCAGUGGAAGUAUCCAGAAAUGAGAAAAUCCGCGCUUCACAAGGAGGACUGGCUAGUCAUUCAGAAUACAUACGAUUUUUUGAAGCAGUUCCUGGUGCUUACCAAAGAGACUGAGGGCAACGAAUCGACCCUUGAGCAGGUCAUCGUUGCAAUGGACUGCCUUCGAAUCCAUUACGAUGAAGCGACCCCCGAGGCUCGAGUACGCUGGCAAUACUCCCUUCCUCACCGCACUUCAAUCAAGUCGCUAUGUCUAUGA